AUGCAGGUCAACGGGAAAGAUCUCUCCAAAGCUACUCAUGAAGAGGCAGUGGAGGCUUUUUGUAAUGCAAAGGAGCCCAUAGUAGUCCAGGUUCUACGACGAGCACCUCUUAUUAAAACACAUGGGAGCACACAGGAUGUUCAGCUGAUGGAUGCUAGCACUCAGACAGAUAUUACGUUUGAACACAUUAUGGCUCUGGCCAAGUUAAGGCCAUCAACACCUCCAGUACCUGAUGUCUGUCCCUUUCUGCUUUCUGACAGCUGCCAUUCUCUUCAUCCAGUUGAGCAUGAAUUUUAUGAAAGUAGUGAAUAUCUAUCCAACCUGCCUGCUGAAGUAGACAGAACUGAGGACUUUGAGUAUGAGGAAGUUGAACUUUGUCGCAUUAGUAGCCAGGAAAAACUGGGAUUAACAGUCUGUUACCGCACAGAUGAUGAAGAAGACACAGGAAUCUAUAUCAGUGAGGUUGACCCACAUAGUAUUGCUGCUCGAGAUGGACGGAUCCGGGAAGGAGAUCGGAUUUUACAAAUAAAUGGCCAAGAUGUCCAGAAUCGGGAAGAGGCAGUGGCAAUGCUUUCCCAUGAUGAAUGCAAGAAAAUUGUAUUGCUUGUAGCAAGACCAGAGAUGCAGUUGGAAGAAGGGUGGCUGGAUGAUGAAAGGAAUGAAUUCUUAGAGGAGUUAAACUUGGAAAUGUUGGAAGAACAGCAUGAUGAAGCAGUGCAAUACACAGGCAAUGAAGUGGAGCAGCCGAAGAAACAUGAAGAAGAAGAUGGCACCACAGACACUGCUACCUCAUCAUCCAAUAAUAAUGAAAAGGAUAGUGGAGUGGGCCCCACAGAUGAGAGCCAGCGCAAUGAUGAGAGCUCAGAGCAAGAAAAUCCCCCUGAGAAGCAGAAGAAUGAAGCCCUACAGACCCAGCAGGAACUCGGAGAGACUCCAGACACUUUGGAAGGCCCUGAGCUCCAAUGCAACCAAACCCUAACGUCUGAGGAAUAUAUUGAAACGGAUUUUGUUGGUAACCCGGAAGAGGACUGUGAAAGGUUUCACCAGCUGUUGGAGCUCAAGUGUAAGAUCCGAACUCAUGGAGAAUAUGAUUUAUAUUAUUCAAGUAGUACCAUAGAGUGUAACCGAAGGCAGAAAGAUGCGGUUGAGCAUGAACUACAGCUGCUCAAUGAGGAAUUGAGGAGCAUUGAGCGUGAGUGUCAGAACAUUAUGCAGGCCCAUCAGCUUCCAAAAGUAAGAGAGCAGUAUGAGGAUAUCUGGACAUUGCAUGAUAGCACACUCAGGAACUAUAACACCGCUAUAGAUCUUCAAGGAGAAAAACUGGGUGAGAUAAUAGAACAUCCAGAGAAAUCUGACAAAGACAGUUCCAGUGCUUACAAUACAGCAGAAAGCUGUAGAAGCACUCCAUUGAAUUUAGAGCGCUCUCCUGACAGUUCUCUUCAACGAAUGGUUAGCAUUACCAACAGAAAAAAUCUCAGGAGUACCAUUGUGGCAAACCAGUUGUCGUCAAGGCACAGUCGCCGGGAGGCAGCUCCAAACAAAACCAAAGUUUCUGAACAAAACACUUCAGUUGAGGAAAAGGAAAUAGUUUCAGAAAGCAGCAAACCAACCGAGCAGGAAAAACAGAGCCCUGAGCACAUUCCUUACCUGUCCCCAUAUCAUAGCUCUUCAUACAGGUAUGGAAAUAUACCUGCCCAUGCUAAGCGUUAUCAAAGCUAUAUGCAGCUGAUUCAACAGAGAUCUGCAGUGGAAUAUGCCCAAAGUCAGCUUAGCCUAGUGAACAUGUGCAAAGAGUCCCAAAAGUGUACAGAGCCCAAAAUGGAAUGGAAAGUGAAAAUAAGGAGUGAUGGGACAAGGUAUAUCACAAAGAGACCAGUAAGAGACAGAAUCCUGAAGGAACGUGCCUUAAAGAUUAAAGAGGAGCGCAGCGGAAUGACAACAGAUGAUGAUACAAUGAGCGAAAUGAAGAUGGGUCGUUACUGGAGCAAAGAGGAGCGGAAGCAACAUCUGGUGAGAGCCAAGGAGCAGAGAAGACGUCGGGAAUUCAUGAUGCGUAGCCGGUUGGAGUCUCUCAAAGAGAACCCUCAAAGUGGCAGCGAGGCCAAAAAGGAAAUUAACAUAAUUGAACUCAGUCACAAAAAGAUGAUGAAAAAGAGGAACAAGAAGAUCUUGGACAACUGGAUGACUAUCCAGGAACUUAUGACACAUGGUGCUAAAUCUCCAGAUGACACAAGUGUGCACAAUGCUUUUUUAUCUGUUACUACUGUAUGA